AUGCAUUACCCUUCCUUCGGACAUUUCCUCCUGGCGAGCAUCCUUGCCGCCCAAGGUGCUCAGUCUUUCUCCCUCGUCCCCACGGGCGAGGUCGCCAGACGCUAUGUGGCUCCCGCCUUGGCACUCGCCAUGCCUGUCGUGGCUGCGCCCCAGGCUGUCAGCAUUGAGGCUCGCGAGCCUCACCACAGGGGCAAGAAGACCAAGAAGGCCAAGAACAACCGUCGCGACGAGUUCGCCGCCGACGAUGCUCUUGAGGCUCGUGACAUCGAGGCCCGUGAGCCUGAGCCUCACCACAGGGGCAAGAAGACCAAGAAGGCCAAGAACAACCGUCGUGAUGAGUUCGCCGCUGAGGAUGCUGCCGACCACGCCGCCGUAGAGGAGCGUGACGUCGAGACCCGCGAGCCCCACCACCGCGGAAAGAAGACCAAGAAGGCCAAGAACAACCGCCGCGACGAGUUCGCCGCCGACGACGCUCUUGAGGCCCGCGACGUCGAGUCUCGCGAGCCCCACCACCGUGGCAAGAAGACCAAGAAGGCCAAGAACAACCGUCGUGACGAGUUCGCCGCCGAGGAUGCCGCCGACCACGCUGAGAUCGAGACUCGUGAGCCUCACCACCGCGGCAAGAAGACCAAGAAGGCCAAGAACAACCGCCGUGAUGAGUUCGCCGCGGAGGACGCCGCCGACCACGCCGAGAUUGAAACCCGCGAGCCCCACCACCGCGGCAAGAAGACUAAGAAGGCUAAGAACAACCGCCGCGACGAGUUUGCCGCUGAGGAUGCCGCCGACCACGCCGAGAUUGAGACUCGUGAGCCUCACCACCGCGGCAAGAAGACCAAGAAGGCCAAGAACAACCGCCGUGACGACUUCGCUGCUGAGGAAGCCGCCGACCACGCUGUUGAGGCUCGUGAGCCCCACCACCGCGGUAAGAAGACCAAGAAGGCCAAGAACAACCGCCGUGACGAGUUCGCGGCCGGUGAGGCCGUCGCUUUCCUCCGUCAAACUGAUCCUGCUCACGCAAUUCGAGCAGCAAAGAUGGAGACAGCUCAGAAGUCGUGGGAGCUCGACAACAACGUCAAGUUGGUCGACCCCAAACGCGAUGCGCUCUACAACCUCGACACCGAUGCUCAAAAGGAAGCGAUGAACGCCCGCCCCUGGGCCAGCAACCCGAACCACUUCAAGAACGUCCGCAUAAGUGCCGUCGCACUCAUCAAGAUGGUCAUGCACGCCCGGUCCGGCGGCAACCUCGAGGUGAUGGGUCUGAUGCAGGGCUACGUCAACGGCGACACCUUCAUCGUCACAGAUGCCUUCCGCUUACCCGUCGAGGGAACCGAGACGCGCGUCAACGCCCAGGGUGAUGCGGAGGAGUACAUGGUCGAAUAUCUCAGUCUUUGCCGUGAGCAGGGCCGUAUGGAGAACGUUGUCGGAUGGUACCACUCCCACCCGGGCUACGGCUGCUGGCUGUCCGGCAUCGACGUCAGUACCCAGGCCCUUCAGCAGCAAUUCCAGGAGCCUUUCCUGGCCGUUGUCAUUGACCCCGACCGUACCAUCAACGCUGGCAAGGUCGAGAUCGGCGCUUUCAGGACGUACCCCGAGAAGUACGUCAAGGAGAAGGAGAGCAGCAGUGGUGGCGGCGGCGGCGUUACGAGCGACGGCUGGCAGGAGGUUCCCCUGGCCAAGGCGGCAGAAUUUGGCGCCCACGCCAGCAAAUACUACAGCCUCGAGGUAUCACACUUCAAGAGCACGCUCGACUCGCACCUGCUGGAGCUGCUGUGGCACAAGUACUGGGUGCAGACGCUGAGCCAGAGCCCCCUCUUCACGAACCGCGACUACGGAAACAAGCAGAUGCUCGACCUCGCGUCAAAGAUCAAGGAGGCAACGACCCAGGUCUCGCGGCAAGGACGGAGCACUUCGGCUAUGAACGCUAUGGCGACGGGUGGCAAGAAGGUGGACGCGUUGGUGGAGAAGCUUGUCAAGGACAGCAACACGGUGGCUACUCAGGAGCGGACCGGUUUGGUUGCCAUGGAGGUGAAGAAGAAGAUCUUCAACGACGUGAGCGCGAACGCGUCGUGA